CACAACAUUAUCUUCAAUUUCAAUGGUUGUGUUGUGUGUUAGAUAUUUGAGGUGAGUGAAGAAGCAGUUCCAAUUUCCAUUUCCCAUUUUCAAUUUCAAAUGCUUCCAUCCAUGCAACUUCUUUGCUUCUACCAGCAGCCACCAUCAUCGCUUUUUGUUGUGCACAAAAAUGGAGACAUUUUCAAUGACAAGAGGUUCAUCAGAAACCCUUCUUUUUCUUCCUCUUCUUGUUUUGGGAUUGUUCGUGCAUCACUGAAGGAAGAUUCACAGUCACAGCAAUAUGAGGUAGAGCCAGAAAAAGCCAGAGAAGCACUCAGAAAGCUUGAUGAACAAAUGCAAUCUCUCUCUAGUAAAAAACAACCCUCCAAUGCUUCAAAACUCAACAAGAUUUCAGAAAUGAAGCUUCCCACAGAGCAGCAGCGCAUUGACAAAGACAAGCUAGAAAUUUCAGAUUCAUUUCUUGGAAGUGUAGCUGGUGUUCUGAUUCUCUUCACUAUAUUCUAUAAUGUACUAUUUUAUACAGUAAUUAAGCCUUCCAUUGAUGGUUCAUGAUAUGUCCAUGCAUGGCUGGUGCUGGUGUGUGUAUACAUAGAAAAAGUAGAAGAGAAAAGGAUAAACCUUUUAUAGCAUAAGAACCUCAUUUCAUUAUAUAUAUGUAUAUGUAUAUGUAUAUGAAGUGCAGAGUUGGACUGUAUCACUUUGAGUUUUC